AUGACUUCCGCUUCAACAAGUGCUUCAACAACAUUCAACGUUCCUUCACAUGUUUUUUACCGUAAUCUCAACGUUGAACCAUUGUAUGCUGUACGAGCGGAAGGCAAUUACAUUUAUCUGAAAGAUGGACGUAAACUUCUUGAUGGCUUUGGUGAUACUGCUGUCACAGCUAUUGGUCACGAACUCGAUCCUCACACGGUGGCAGCUUUUUUUGCUGAGACAGUUGUUGGUGCCACAACUGGCUGCACUCCAGCAGUACCCGGAUAUUUCAAGGCCAUGCGUGAAGUGUGUGAUCGACAUGGUGCUCUAUUCGUUCUCGAUGAAAUCAUGUGUGGUAUGGGUCGAACGGGUAAAAUGCACGCAUGGCAAUGGGAAGAUCUUUCAUCUCCGCCUGAUAUUCAAACGAUUGCGAAAGGUCUUGGAAGUGGCUAUGCUCCUAUGGCAGCUGUACUCAUAUCAGCCAAAGUCGCCGAUGUCUUUGCUGCCGGAUCGGGUGUAUUCGUUAAUGGAUUCACCUAUCAAGCGCAUGCUGUUGGAUGUAGAGCGGCCUUAGAAGUUCUCAAGGUGAUGAAGGAAGACGAAUUAGUCGAGCAAUGCAACCAACGUGGACUUUUCUUAGAAAAGGCACUGAAGGAGCAGUUGGGCAAUCAUCCACAUGUUGGUGACAUUCGGUAA